UUACAAUGAUGAAAAAUGUCCACCUGGCACCUGAAGUAGAUGAAGAUGAUCUUUAUUCUGGCUACAAUGACUAUAACCCUACCUUUGACACAGAGGAUUUAGAGAAUGAUCCAGCUUUUCAACGGGCUGUAAAAACUAGCCAUGGUAGAAGACCUCCACUUACAGCCAAAGUUCCAGGUACAUCUAUUUCACGACCAUUAGCCACUGGAUACGGGUCAAAGGCAGCACUCUCUUCAUCAAUGGGCAGACCAAUGACAGCCGCUGUACAGGAUGGUGUUGCUCGACCUAUGACAGCGGUGCAAGCAGCAGGCUACACCAAAGCCACUUCAAGAGGUUCUGCCUUUGAUCCUCUUGGUCAAGCAAGAGGUCCAGCUCCUCCAUUAGAAAUGAAAAAUGAAGACAGUCCAGAAGGAAAGAUUAAACAGCUGGAAAAAAAGGUGAAUGAAUUGGUCGAAGAAAGUUGCAUUGCUCACAGCUGUGGAGACUUAAAGCUGGCUCUUGAAAAGGCAAAAGAUGCUGGGAGAAAGGAACGAGCAUUGGUAAGGCAGCGCGAACAGACUAUGUCACCUGCAAACAUCAAUCUAGAUCUGACAUACACUGUACUUUUCAACUUGGCCAGCCAGUAUUCCGCUAAUGAAAUGUAUGCAGAAGCACUAAAUACCUAUCAAGUCAUAGUGAAAAAUAAGAUGUUUGUCAAUGGAGGCAUGCUGAAGGUGAACAUGGCGAAUAUUUAUUUGAAACAGAGAAACUAUUCAAAAGCUAUCAAAUUUUAUCGGAUGGCUCUAGAUCAGAUUCCCAGUGUCCAUAAAGAGAUGAGGAUUAAAAUAAUGGAGAACAUUGGAGUUGCGUUUAUUAAAACUGGCCAAUAUACCGAUGCCAUUAGCUCAUUUGAGCACAUCAUGAGCACGUUGCCAAAUCUUAAAGCGGGCUUCAACUUGAUCCUUUGCUAUUUUGCUACUGGAGACAGAGAACAAAUGAAAAAAGCCUUCCAAAAACUGAUUACGGUUCCAUUGGAGAUUGACGAUGACGACAAAUAUAUAUCGCCAGGUGAUGAUCCACAUACAAACCUAUUGAUAGAAGCUAUUAAGAAUGAUAGUUUAAGGCAAAUGGAGCGUGAGAGGAAAUCUACAGCAGAAAAGUAUAUAAUGACAGCUGCUAAACUAAUUGCACCAGCAAUUGAAACAUCAUUUGCUGUAGGCUAUGACUGGUGUGUAGAAAUAGUGAAAGCUUCCCAGUAUGUGGAAUUAGCCAAUGAUCUGGAAAUAAAUAAGGCAAUUACCUAUCUGAGGCAAAAGGACUUCAAUCAGGCUGUGGAUACUUUAAAGAUGUUUGAAAAAAAAGACAGCAGAGUUAAAAGCGCAGCUGCAACAAACCUUUCCUUCCUUUACUUCUUGGAAAAUGAAUUUAAACAGGCAAACAACUAUGCUGAUUUAGCUGUAAAUGCUGAUAGAUACAACCCAUCUGCUCUUACAAAUAAAGGGAAUACUAUUUUUGCAAACGGAGAUUAUGAAAAGGCAGCAGAGUUCUAUAAGGAAGCUCUUCGGAAUGAUUCUUCGUGCACUGAGGCCCUUUAUAAUAUUGGCUUAACAUAUAAGAAGCUGAACAGGUUAGACGAGGCAUUGGAUGCUUUUCUGAAACUUCAUGCUAUCCUUCGCAAUAGUGCUCAAGUUCUGUACCAAAUAGCAAACAUAUAUGAACUAAUGGAGGAUCCUAAUCAAGCCAUUGAGUGGCUUAUGCAGUUCAUCAGUGUUGUUCCAACCGAUUCGCAUGCAUUAGCAAAGGUUGGAGAACUCUACGACAGCGAAGGGGAUAAAUCUCAGGCUUUCCAAUAUUACUAUGAGUCCUAUCGGUAUUUCCCUUCAAACAUUGAGGUCAUUGAAUGGCUUGGAGCCUAUUACAUUGACACACAAUUUUGUGAAAAAGCUAUUCACUACUUCGAAAGAGCAGCUCUUAUUCAGCCAACUCAGGUAAAGUGGCAAUUGAUGGUUGCCAGUUGCUACCGAAGAAGUGGUAACUACCAAAAAGCUCUAGAUACCUACAAGACAAUUCACAGAAAAUUUCCAGAGAAUGCUGAAUGUCUUCGUUUCUUAGUCCGCCUCUGCACAGACAUGGGACUGAAAGAAAUGCAAGAGUAUGCAACAAAGCUCAAGAGAGUGGAGAAACUGAAAGAAAUAAGGGAUCAGCGUGUCAAGUCUGGCCGAGAUGGUAGUGCUCGUGCCCGCAGAGAAGGUAGUGCUGGUGGUGAUCCUGGUAGCAUUACUGUUAAAGGGGAGCGACUGAGUGCAAAACUAAAGCCCUUGCCAGGUACAAAUGAGCCUUAUGAAACCAGCAUUAAUAAAGAAAUCGAUGCUUCCUAUAUAGACCCACUUGGACCACAAAUAGAGAGACCAAAAACUGCUCUAAGGAGAAAAAUGGAUGAAGAUGAAUUUGCUGAUGAAGAAUUAGGAGAUGAUUUGCUUCCAGAAUGAUCUAGAAGUCAAGUAGAAUAAUUUCAAGUUUUGAA